UCCCUCUAGCCUCAGUGUGUCCCGGCAGCGGAGCAGGCACGGGCGGACUUGGUAGCGGAGGGGCAGAGAAGCUGUACCUGCCGAGAGGAGCCCGCGGGACGCAAGCGCCGCCGCCGCCGCCGCCGCCAGAAUGCGUGAAUGUAUAUCAGUCCAUGUGGGUCAAGCAGGAGUCCAGAUUGGCAAUGCUUGUUGGGAACUUUUCUGCUUAGAGCAUGGCAUCCAAGCUGAUGGUACUUUUGGCACCCAGGCCAGCAAGAUCAACAAUGAUGAUUCCUUCACCACCUUUUUCAGUGAGACUGGCACCGGGAAGCAUGUGCCCCGGGCAGUAAUGGUUGAUCUGGAACCCUCUGUAGUAGAUGAGGUUCGGGCUGGGACCUAUAGACAACUCUUCCAUCCAGAGCAGUUGAUCACUGGGAAGGAAGAUGCUGCUAACAAUUAUGCUCGUGGCCACUAUACCAUUGGCAAGGAGAGCAUUGACCUGGUUUUGGAUCGAAUCAGGAAGCUGACAGACUCCUGUUCGGGGCUUCAGGGCUUCCUCAUUUUUCACAGCUUUGGCGGGGGUACUGGCUCCGGUUUUACCUCCCUGCUGAUGGAACGCCUCUCCCUGGACUAUGGCAAGAAGUCCAAGCUGGAGUUCGCCAUCUAUCCGGCGCCUCAGGUCUCCACCGCGGUGGUGGAGCCUUACAACUCCAUCCUGACCACCCACACUACCCUGGAACACUCGGACUGCGCUUUCAUGGUGGACAACGAGGCGAUCUACGACAUCUGCCGUCGCAACCUGGACAUCGAGCGGCCCACCUACACCAACCUCAACCGCCUCAUUAGCCAGAUCGUUUCCUCCAUCACCGCGUCCCUCCGCUUUGAUGGUGCCCUCAACGUGGACCUCACGGAGUUCCAGACCAACUUGGUGCCUUACCCUCGCAUUCACUUCCCCUUGGUCACCUACGCACCUAUCAUUUCCUCCGAGAAAGCCUACCACGAGCAGCUCUCAGUGGCGGAGAUCACCAGCUCCUGCUUCGAGCCCAACAGCCAGAUGGUCAAGUGUGACCCGAGGCACGGCAAGUACAUGGCUUGCUGUAUGCUUUACCGAGGGGACGUGGUCCCCAAGGAUGUCAAUGUUGCUAUUGCUGCCAUCAAGACCAAGAGGACCAUCCAGUUUGUGGAUUGGUGCCCCACGGGUUUCAAGGUGGGUAUCAACUAUCAGCCCCCAACAGUGGUGCCAGGAGGAGACCUGGCAAAGGUUCAUCGGGCUGUCUGCAUGCUGAGCAACACCACUGCCAUUGCUGAAGCCUGGGCCCGACUGGAUCACAAGUUUGACUUGAUGUAUGCUAAACGGGCCUUUGUGCACUGGUAUGUUGGCGAGGGCAUGGAAGAAGGCGAGUUUUCAGAAGCCAGAGAAGAUCUGGCUGCUCUGGAGAAAGACUAUGAAGAGGUGGGGACUGACUCGUUCGAAGAUGAGAAUGAAGGGGAUGAGUUUUAAUUAUAUACAUUCCCCUUAUGUUUAUGUCUAUGUUUGCUCAUGUGUAUGGCCUCUGCUCAAUGAAAUCUGAUUUUCCAAAGAAGAUACGCCUGACUCACUGGAAUGGGUACCUGGAAACAACACUCAUAGGUUAGGUAGUUGCUAAUAGGUUCAGUAAUGAACCCAAAUUUCACCCAGUCAACCAUGUCCUUCUGUAUGUUCAACCAACUUGUGGGUCACUAUCCAAAGGCCUGAUUUCAAUGCUCCAAUUAAAUCCCAUGUAAACCUGAGGUGGGGUGCAACCAAUAGUUUUAUUUUGCAGUUCAGGUUUGGAUCAACAGCUCAAGGAAAUUGGGACUGGGUUAUGUGUUUAUUUGUUUGUUUUUAGGGGAAAGCAGCAAGGCCUGGGGAUGGGGACAGAGAAAAGAUUAUGAGAUCCUGUGAAUAAAUAAAUAGAAUUAAAGGA